AUGGAUGUGAAUGGUGCCAGGGCCCCAGAACCCCCGCCCUCCCCAAAGGCUCCAGAGCGGGAUUUGAACCCCAGUGCCCUCCUGAGGAGCGGGACUCCGCCUCAGGACUCCCAAGGCAAGGUGGGCGGCAGCCUGCUCGGGAAGGCGGCAGUGGUGAUCGACAUGGGCACAGGCAGUUGCAAGGUGGGCUUCGCCGGGCAGGCGCGCCCCACCUGCACCGUGGCCACCAUCCUGGGCUGCGGGCCCCGGAGCGCGGCCGGCCCCGGGCAGCAGCCAUUGGAGACGCUCAUCGGCCAGGCGGCCCGUGCGCGCCCCGACCUGCAGCUGCUGCAGCCAGUGCGCGCCGGAGUCGUGCAGGACUGGGAGGCCGCGGAGCUGCUCUGGAGCCACGUGCUGGAGCACGACCUGCGCGUGGACCCCCGCGACCACCCGCUGCUCUUCUCCGACCCGCCCUUCAGCCCGGCCACCAACCGCGAGCAGCUGCUGGAGACGGCCUUCGAGGCGCUGCGCUGCCCGGCUGCCUUCGUGGCCUCGCAGGCGGUGCUGUCCGUCUACGCGCACGGCCGGGUCAGCGGGCUGGUGGUGGACGCGGGCCACGGGGUCAGCUGCGCCGCGCCCGUCUUCCAAGGCUACCCGCUGCCGCACGCGGUGGAGCGCCUGGACCUGGCCGGCAGCCACCUGACCGCCUUCCUGGCCGAGGCGCUGCGGGGCGCGGGCUGGGCGCUCGGGCCGCGCCACCUGGACGCCGUGGAGCGCAUCAAGCACGACCACUGCUUCGUGGCCUCGGAUUUCCCGCGGCUGCAGGCGCGCCCUGACGCGCAGAGCCUGCGCUCCGUGCCGCUGCCCGACGGGCGCACGCUCAAGCUGGGCAAGGAGCUGUUCCAGGGCCCCGAGCUGCUCUUCCGCCCCCCGCAGGCGCCGGGGCUGCCGCGCGAGGGCCUCCCCGCCCUGGCCGCGCUCAGCCUGCGCAAGCUGCCGGCCGAGGCGCGGGCGGCCGUGGCGCGGCGCGUGCUGCUGUGCGGGGGCUCCUCGCUCUUGGCGGGCUUCCAGGCCCGCUUCCGGGCCGAGCUGCUGUGCUCGCUGCCCCAGGAGGCGCGCUCUGUGACGGUGGUGGUGGCCCGGCCCAGCCGGGGCUGCUCGGUGUGGAUCGGGGGCUCCGUGCUGGCCUCGCUGAGCGCCUUCCGGUCCUGCUGGGUCCUGCGGGAGCAGUACGAGGAGCAGGGGCCGCACGUGGUGUACAGCAAGUGCCACUGA